GGUGUCGCGGACUUUACGCGGAGCGGAGAGGUGGAGAGCCAAGGACGGAAGGGCGGGGAGGGGGAGGGAGAGGCGGAGCAGGGAUCCAGCUGGAAAAUACUGCACUGGAGAUGUUGGCCUGGAUGGCUUCGCUGCCUGGCCCCGUUAGCCGCAGCGUGGUCGGUGGUCCAGCUGGAAGCGCCCCUCCACCCGUCGGUGGGCCUGAUGGAGGCCACGUGGAGGCUGUGCCUGGCUGGCGUGCUGUGGACAGGCCUCGGUCUGGUCGCCGCUCUCGCUUGCCUGCUUCUGCGGCACGCGGCGAGACCGCAGCGGGAGAUGGUCUCCCAGAACGUAGAAGAGAGCAUGAGAAAGACAGGCCAAUCCCAGCAGGAGUGUCUCAUCAGUGAGCACAAGGCAGGUCGACUCGUAGCUGUGGCCAGUGCUCUGCUGGACGGCCUGGUGGUCUCCGUGCUCCAGGAACCCCUGUCAGAGCCCAGUCUUUCCCAGCUACGUGGCCUCCUUGUCAGGCUGGAAGCAGUGUCCCAGGCAGUCAGCGAAGGGGGCCUUCCUGACUGGCCACCACUGAAGGUCAGUGAAAAGGAGCAAGAGGAGGAGGCCAGAAUGAGUGAAGAAGAGUCCUUACUGGUUGCCAGAGCCAGACACAUCUGCACUUACUUGCAGGACAGGGUGAGGGCUUUGAGCUCUUUCCUGCAGGUACAGGCUAAGUACUGUGCGUGUGUGGCUGAUAUCCAACAGGGGCUGCAAGAACACUGGGAGCAGCUGGAGACUCUCCACUCCAAAGUGACCCUGCAGCCCCAAGCAGCUGGCGACCCUAGCGACCCUGGCGACCCUCGCACGGUGCUCACGUGCACACAGAGCCUUUACACACAACUAGGUGUUUUCAGGAGUAGGGUUCAUGAGUCCGAGUCCCACUUGAACACCAUCACAAACCUGUUACAGGAGCUGAAGGAGGAGCAGGAGCGUCUGGCUGGGUCUGUGGGUCUCACACUGGGCCCUGUAUGGAUCAAAGACUUCCUGCAGUGCAACACUGAACAGUUUGAAAAGGUCUACAAGGAUUUCACAUGCCUGGAGCAGCAGAUGCAGACCUUUGUUUUGCACCUGAGAGGUCUGCAAGCAUCAGCACAGGAGCGAGACAUGUCCACGGAUGCAAGGCAUCUGAACGUGGCCCCUCCCACUGCUCUCUGCUCCGCGCCCACGUAUAGGGCCGCCGGACCCGGCCCUUUCACGGAUCCGGAACCGUUGCCCAGAGCCCGCUCUGCAGUCUCAGCUAUGGACUGCCUGUGUGGGUUCAGACGUCGGAGGUGAACUUUGAACUAUGACCUCGGCCUGACUGUGAAGAUGUUCUGAAUGGAGACAGAAUGCGCAUGUGUGGGCUGAGUGUGGAGUUCAGUGUGUUGUGCUAAAAGAUUUUAGCAAAAUUUAGCAAAACAAGAUGUAACUUUUUAUUUAAAAUUUUUUUUUUUUUUGACUAUUUAUAGUUGUGUAUUUAUAUUCUGUAUCAUUGUUGCACUAUUAAAAACACCACUA